UUUCGUUUUAUGGUUUUGAUCGUUAAGUUGCCAAGUGAUGAUUGAAAAUUUUGCGCAAGGGUUUUGAGUUUUGGAUGAUCGGAGGUUACUCUGAUCUGAAUGAACCGUGACAAAAUCAAUUUCUUACAAUACAUUCUGAUGGCAGCUGAUCAAUGUUUAAAUCUAUCAAAAUUAUAUUCGACUUUUUUUUUUUUUUUUUAAUUGUUAGUUAGAAGCUUGUUUUUGGGGGCAAAGAAUUAGCGGAUUAUGUUUGGAAUAUUUUCCUGAGGUUUUGGACAUUGUAAUUCUGAGGAAUUGUGAGAAGUCAUAAAAUAUGUUCUUUUUUAUGAUUCAUGCUCUGCAAAUCAUGCUUAAAGGGCUUUUUGAGCUUUUUGAGCUCCUGACGCUUGUUUUAUGUGGUCGAAUAAACUGUAAAAAAAAUUGGUUAUCUUUCGUUGUUUUGAUGGUUUGGGUUGCAUGAUAUGGAUAAUGGAUCGAUGAGCUACCAGGACUGUGCUAGAUUCUGGUCUGGACAAAAGUUGCUAUUGAUGUGUGCUGUGGAUUGGAAUUAGUGACUCUGUUGUCUGAAUAAGUCAUUGAAGUCGUUCACUAUUAAGAUCUCAUUCUUUUGAUUUCAUUUUGAGUUUUUAUACCUUGAGCUGGGUGAUAUGAGUUUGUGACCCGCCCCAAAUAUUCAGGGAAUUAUGAACUGGUUUUGUGAUAUGUGUUUUGUGACCAUCCUCAAAUAUGCAUGGAAUUCUGAAAAUGCUUUGGUGUAGUCAUGUUUUCUGUCUUUAAUACUGCAAAACUCGCAUCUUACAUAAACUUUGUUUCAAGGACAAUGAAGCAUGUGGUAAAGAUUUUGAGUCUGUUGGUAGCUGUCUCUGCCUUUUGGAUUGCUCUUUUGCAGGCUGCAAUUAUUCCACGAAGCCAUACAUGGUUGCUACCGAUAUACUUUGUGGUGUCCCUUAGAUGCUAUGGUCUAUUAAUGGUUGGAAUCGGUCUAAUGCAGUUCCCUACCUGUCCUAGAGAAGCAGUUCUAUUGCAGCAUGAUAUUGCUGAGGCAAAAGACUUUUUAAGCGCUAAUGGAGUAGAUGUAGGAUCGGAUUGACCACUCCCUAAUCAGUGUACUUGUAGUCUUAGAUAGUUCUUGGAAAGAAUUCCCAUUUUCAUUAUACUUCGUCGAUUUCUAUUUUCUUGAGAGAUGUAUUUUGAGAAUUGGAACUUUAUUUGAGUAUAAUAGAAAGAUGAUUUUCAUAAUGAAAAUGUAUGAAGUAUCUUAAUGGCAAAAAGAUACAAAGCAUUGGUCUUUUGUAA